CAGAUGAUGGCGUCACUUACGCGCGCUUUGGGGGAGCUGCUAGUUGGCGGUAGUUGGAAGAGCAAGAGAGAGGAGAAACGAUUUGGAUAAUUGCGGUUAAAUCAACAUGGAGUUCAGUCGUAAAAAACACAAGAAGGUGACAGGAGACUACCAGGCAGAGCUCUACGGACACUGUCUUCAGUUCUACAGUCAACCGCCGCUUGAAAACAUCCCCCUCUCCGAGUUUGAGACCUUUGCCAUUGAAAGGCUGAAACUUCUUAAGACUGUGGAAAACCUUGGAGUGAGCUAUGUGAAAACAUCUGAUCUGUAUAUUAAGAAGCUGGACAGUGAGAUUAAAACUCUGAACUUUCCAUACAGGUCUGAAAUGGAAGAGAAGAAGCCACAAACUGGGCCUUCAGAGUAUGAAAAGAGAAGAAAGGACCACAUUUCUCACUUCAUUCUUCGCCUUGCAUACUGCCAGACGGAAGACCUGAGGCGCUGGUUUAUACAGCAGGAGAUGGACUUGUUUCGACAUCGGUUUAACGUCCUUCACCCAAAAUACAAAAAUGAUUUUCUGCGGCACAACAAUUUAAAGUAUGAAAAGCUAAGUGAUGAAGAUAAAAGAAGGUUGGGGUCCAAACUAAUCAACUCAAACUCUGCUAUUAGUAGCACCAAAAUUGAAGAGCUGGAGAUCUACAAGGUUCCGUUCCAGGAUGCGCUUGAUUUAGUUCGAGCACGAAAGGUCUUCCUUCAGGAAGGCUUUGCCUUUAUCCCCCAUCAGGAGAUCGUUACGAUAGUCCUGAACGACUUCCGGACAAGACUGUCCAAGGCACUUGCUCUGACUGCGCGCUCCCUGCCUGUGCUGCAGUCUGAUGAGAGGCUCCAGCCCCUGCUUAGCCAUCUCAGCCAUGCUUAUGUUGGACAAGAUUACAGCAUUCAGAAGAAUAUUGGAAAAGUGUCCCUGGAGCAGAUAGAUUCAAUGUCCACCAGCUCGUUCCCGCUGUGCAUGCGCCAUCUGCACAGGGCCCUGCGAGAGCAGCACCACCUGCGGCACGGUGGCCGCAUGCAGUACGGCCUCUUCCUCAAGGGCAUCGGGCUGACGCUGGAGCAGGCCCUGCAGUUCUGGAGGGCGGAGUUCAUCAAGGGCAAAGUGGACGCCGACAAGUUUGACAAGGCGUACGCCUACAGCAUCCGGCACAUGUUUGGGAAGGAGGGCAAGCGCACGGAUUACACCCCCUACAGCUGCAUGAAGGUGAUUCUGUCGAACCCUCCGAGCCAGGGGGACUACCAUGGGUGCCCAUUCCGGCACAGUGACCCGGAGCUCCUGAAGCAGAAGCUGCAGUCGUACAAGAUUCCCUCCACUGGAAUAAACCAGGUCCUGGAUUUAGUCAAGGGGAUGCACUAUCAGCUGGCCUGUCAGAAGUACUUCGAGCUGACACACGGGCUUGACGAUUGUGGGUUUUCACUCAGUCACCCCAAUCAGUACUUUGUGGAGAGCCAGAAGCUGCUGGGCAGUGGGAGAGAAGUGAAGAAGGAGGUGGAGGCGCCCCAGAAAGGCCAGAGCACCCCAGCACUGAAGGCUGCGGGGCCACGGGACUCAACUGCUUCCAGCCAGACGGACGAGGCCUCAGCCGUGGAGGAUCCUGGGAGCUCCGGCAAAGAAUGAGCGAUUCCCUAGGGAGACUGACAAUGCUUCUUCCUCCCCGUUUUAUGCUUUUUUGUCUUUUGUAUGUGUACUGUAGUUCAAAUGUGCUGUAGACCAACCUAUUGUUUCCCAAAGCAUAGAUUUAAUUCAUCUUUCAGAAUAUUUCUGCUAAAUUGAAGGUAUCUUUAGAAAAGUGGGGUUUGAGGUUUUCAUUUUUUUAACUGAAGUGCAAACUUGAUUUUUCACAUCAUGGCCUUUUCAUUGUAUCUCAUGCCAUUGAGUUCAUUGUGUGGAAAGUGUGUUGUCAGCAAAUAUGCUUCAGUGUUAACUUUCAUAUUCUGAAUAAUAAAGUAAUGUUUGUACUUUU